AAUUUUUUGUGUUAAUAGAAAACAAUCCCAAAUUACCCUUUUUAAUUGGAAAAAUACUCAUUCCUAAAUUCUUCCCUUUUAUUCCAACCAUCCAAAAAAAAAACAAAACAGAGAGGAAAAAAUUGUUUCUGGGUUGGUGAAGCAUUCCUCGUUUGUUUGUUUCGUCACACGCUAUUCCAACAGGGCUGUCUUCUCAAAACGACAUCGUCUUUCUGUCGUUGACGUUGACAGCCCAAUUCGGUAACCAUUUUCACAUUCAGGUACCAAUUCAAUAGAAUAUUCUUAUAAUUAUUCUUUGCUUUGCGUAUUCUUUAUCAAUUGUUGCGUUUCUCCUAAUUAAUUGGGUUCGAAUUAUACCCUCAUCAACCCUUGAUUUUUUUUCUUCUAUUGGGAUCUAUCUGUUUACCCUAAAGCAUUCAACUUUGCAAUCAAUAUUCGUUUUUCCACUUGAUUUUCAUUCUGGGUCUUGCCAAUUUCAUUCAAUUUGUGAUAUUAUUAAGGGUUAAAGGUUUCUGCAAUGAGUUAUUUUUCUGGACCAAUUCAGAGACCCCUUGUGGCUGCUGCUGCUGUUGCGGUCGCUUCUUUCUCUACUGAUGCGUCUGAUAAAUUUUCAUUCCUUGGAUCGUCUCGUGAUUGUUCCACUUCCAAUUUGGAAUGUUCUUCCAGUUUUAGCUCUUUGCGGGAAUCACAUUCUUUGUUUGUUUCUAGUGUUUCUGAUUCAAAACUUGCUGAGUUAUCUUUUGUGAACAAAAUUCGGGUUCCUGUUCCUAAUGUGAAGUUUCGGGUUCCGGUUUCGGGGUCGAAUUUGUAUAAUUCUUCUUCGGUUGCUUCGUCGCCGGCUUCAUUGCCGGUUGUUCAGAGUUUGUAUCGUUCGGCUGAAUUGACUAGGUUUUCGAGGUCGUCGUUGCCUGGUUGUUCAAGUGGUGUUUCAGGUUCGACUAAUGAGUUUGCGUAUAAAUGGCAUUUGCCUGAACCCAAUACUAUCGGUGGUUUAUCUGCGAAAUCGAAGACUGUGGUGGUUUUGCUUGGAUGGUUAGGUGCAAAGCAGAAACAUUUGAAGAAGUAUGCGGAAUGGUAUACUUCUAAAGGAUAUCAUGUCAUUACCUUUACGUUUCCGAUGGCGGAGGUAAUGAGUUAUCAGCCUGGAGGAAAAGCGGAGCAAAACGUUCACAUGCUUGUGGAUCACUUGGCUGAUUGGUUAGAAGAGGAGAAUGAAAAGAAUCUUAUGUUCCAUACUUUCAGCAACACUGGAUGGUUAACGUAUGGUGUUAUUUUAGAACGGUUUCAAAAGCAAGACCCUUCUUUGAUGGAAAAGAUUAGGGGCUGCAUUGUAGAUUCUGCACCUGUUGCAAAUCCUGACCCACAGGUCUGGGCCUCAGGUUUCUCUGCAGCAUUUCUCAAGAAGAAUAGCAUAGCAACAAAAGGACGUGUAUCCGCCAACGAGUCUGGCAUUAAAGUAUCAAUUGGCAGCAAUGAAGAUUUAGGACUAAAACCUGCAGCAACAGAAGCAGCUUUGCUGUUAAUACUAACGAAAUUUUUUGAGGUCGUUCUGCAUCUCCCUGCAGUGAAUAGGAGGCUCUCUGAUGUUUUGAGCAUGUUAUCUACAAAGCAACCAGGUUGUCCACAAUUGUACAUGUAUAGCUCUGCGGACAGAGUUAUUCCUGCCGAUUCAGUGGAGUCGUUUGUCGAUGCACAGCGUAAGGCUGGACAUGAUGUGAGGGCUUGCAAUUUUGUCUCUUCACCUCAUGUUGACCACUUUCGAAAUGACCCAAAAAUGUAUACUUCUCAGCUCAAUCAGUUUUUAGAGGAGUGUGUUGUUGACAGUUGUAAAACUCAUUAAUUCAUUGUUUGGCUCACUUAUACAUACAGCAUAUAGUUUUCAAUUUUUUUAAAAUUAGCUUUUAGAAUAGUCAUUCCAUUCAUUGAUGAUGGUUAAGAUUUUUAAAAGUCCACCCUAUUAGGGGAUCAUAUUGUUCACUGUUAAUUUAUCACCAAUUCAUUCCAUAUUGUUCGAUCUGUUA